CAUUUCCCAGUGAAGCCAACGGAUCCAACGGAUCUCUAUAGAACACACAAUUCGAGAGCGUCAAUUAACCGCGAUGUUCCGCUUCAGACCCAUAUUGGCAUUUAUGCUAUUAAAUAGCAUUUUUGUGCCUGGCGGCGCGCAAAAUUUGCUGGAUCGGCUGAGACCCGGACCAGCUAAUCUGACCCGCAACAUCGACGACAUCAAAGUGGUGGCCGGCACAAAGGUGAAACGCUACGAGCGCAUGUCGGUGCCGCUGGCUGGCAUUGGUCCGGUCAUUGGCGGAAUUGGUGCCGCCGCACUGCUAAGUCCACUGCUCCAGCCGCAUCCACCAUAUGUGGGCUACUCUUUCGUGCCACAGUGGCAGGCGGGCGCCGUACUAAACGGCGAGGGCGAAUCAGCAGGCGCAGCCGGCAUGAUAACCUUCCAGCAGCUGCCCUACAACAGCGACAUCAAGGUGACCAUCAACAUCACCGGGCUGCCGCCGGGGAAGCACGCACUGCACAUACACACAUACGGCGAUGUUAGCGAGGGCUGCAAGACCACGGGCGGACAGUUUCCCAACAACUUUCUGGGAAACCUGGAGGUGAAGCCAGACGGCAAAAUCUCGGCCGUGUUCAUGAGCAUGUACCUGCAGCUCUUUGGCUUCAAUGGCAUCGUUGGCCGUUCCGUCGUCAUACACAGCAAACCCAUCGACCUGAACACAGCGCUCAAUGCCGAGGUCUUCUCCUCGGCGUUGUCCGUGCCCAAUGCCCUGGCCUACCAGAACGAGGAGAUGUCCGUUGGUGAGCCCAUCGCCUGUGGCGUAAUUAGUCUAAUGAGUACUGCCACCGCAGCACCGACCGUAUCAACCUCACCCGCUGGUCCCGAAAUUGCGGAACCUGGGGCAUAAUUUCUCUGAACAACAAUUUUAUUCACUCUUCUAAU